UUAUAUCUUGGCAAAUGUGCACGGUAAGCCACUCUAAUCACAACGUUGACGCACGGAACCAUCCAUCUCUGACCUUUCUUUCUGCUACAAAGAUCUCUCAGUCAAGCAUCAUGUCCCAGCUGGCCGAUAAAUCUCUUCGAUCCGAGGGCAAAGGCAUCGUCAAACCCGGCACGCAGCCCUCGAAAGAUCAGUCCACCCCAGGUCGAUCAGCCUACGGAGUCCCCACCAUCAACGUCCUCUCCACGGCCAUCUCUCGUGGAAAGCCGCCCGCCGACCAGCAGACCAGGUCCGACUUCUGUUUCGACCGGCUCCUCAGCUUCUUGCCGCACGACGAACACAAGCUGCUCCACGUCUACCGAGCGCUCGACGUGCCGUCCGCCAGACUUCGCAAAUGGGCGUCCAAGGGCAGGAAGAGGCUGGGCGAGAAGGUGCUUGCGCGACUAGAGCAACAGAAGGACGCCGCGCCGGGCGAGUACCAGUUCGCCGUCGACCACCCCUAUGUCUGGGGUCUCGGGAACGGCGACGUUUGGGCUAGGGCGGGCCAGGCCUACGACCACAAGCUCAAGGGCGAGCCUUUGCGUCUAUCGGACAAAAAGGAGGCAGUGAAGCAGGAAGACAUUCUGCGUACUGCCGCGGACGGAGCUUUAUCUCCUCGACCGAACGAGACAUCCAGAUCUAGCAGAAAGCGGAACAGAAAUGCGCUUGACGAUACCACAAAGGUGCCCGGGGCACAUGGUCGACACACCAAGUUCCAGAAGAAGAAGGCCGCGGGAAUUGGUCCAAGUCCGCUUCGCAAGUCCUCAUCUAGCAAAUAGGCAGAAGCUGCUUGAAUCACGUUAGUGGUGGCUUCUGCUGUCACAGCAUCUGCUCUAUCGAACGCUAUAAUCCGUUGCGAUCCUAGCUUCCUGGCUCGCGUAGACACAAUAGUAAUGAGCCAACCGUAGCCCCAGUUUUGGUGCUACCUACAUCACGAAUCGUCCAAGGGAUUUUGGCAGGGUGACGACGUCUUGGUGGCCUUUGGAAUUGGAUCUCCGACAACUGGUAGGAUAUACAGGCAAGAGUGUGGCGGAAGAAAAAUGACCUAGAAAAAGGGAGCGAAGGAAUGAGGCUGGAUGGAUAUUUGCCGGCACAUAGGAUAGCGGCACAAGAGGGCUAGUAAUAUCUGCAAGACCGAGAUAAUGGUAUCGGUACUCAAAUUCGCAGACAUUGAGCACGAGACUCUAAUGCAAUACGAUUUCUUGGG